ACUUCCUUGAACAGGAAGUCUGCCUGGCCAACCCUUCACAAAUGCUUGACAAGAAAACAGCAAGGCACGCAUACAUGCACAGGCUUUCUCACAAAAUGGCAAACGCAGACACCCUACACAUGGUGUUUGUAUGCGCCAUGGCAAAGGAAGGGGGCAUUUAGAAUUCAGAUCGAUGAACCGGCAAGUUAGUGGUUGCGCCGUAAGGCAAACAUGAACAAAGUGGAGGACUCAGCUGAGAAGAUCAGGGCAUCCACAGAGUCGCAACCACAGCCACAGAAGAGAGACCCAGCAAGAGGGGCCAUGGCGAUGCUGGAGAGCUCAAGCGAGGAGGAGGGCAGAAUCGAAUUUGACGACUCGGGCCUCUCCAUCGAGCUCCAGGGAGGCCUGGAGACGCUGAGGCUAGAGAGCUCGCUCACGGACGUAACGCUCCACGUACAGGGAGAGGACUUCCCCUGCCACAGGGUGGUUCUCGCUGCCGCUAGCAACUAUUUCAGGGCUAUGUUCUGCAAUGAUCUAAGAGAGAAAUACGAAGACCGUAUCCUCAUCCAAGGGGUUGAUGCAGAAACCAUGAGAGUUCUCCUGGAUUACACGUACACCAGUAAAGUGCAAAUCACCAAGUACAACGUUCAGAAAACACUUGAGGCAGCAAACCUCUUCCAGUUCCUGCGCAUGGUGGAUGCUUGUUCCAACUUCCUGGCUGACGCUCUCCUGCCAGAAAACUGUGUGGGUGUCCUACGCUUAGCAGACACCCACUCGCUGGUAGCCCUGAAGACCCGCGUCCAGAACUACAUCGUCCAGAAGUUCUCCCACGUGGUUGCCCAUGAGGAGUUUCUGGAGCUCCCAGGUGACAUCCUGGGCAGCCUUUUGCAGCGGGAUGAUCUGGACGUGAAGGAGGAGGAACUGGUUUUUGAAACACUGAUGCACUGGAUACAGGCACGGGAAGGGGAGAGGCUGUGCCUGCUGCCCUGCCUCCUCCAGCAUGUUCGCCUUCCCCUGAUAGAUCCUUGGUACUUCGUUGAGAAGGUGGAAGCAAAUACCCUGGUGCGGAGAUCCCCAGAGGCCUUCCCGCUACUCCAGGAAGCAAGAAUGUAUCAUCUUUCUGGGAGUGAGGUAAUUUCGGAGCGCACCAAGCCAAGAUUACAAGAGUUUCAGUCUGAGGUGUUCAUGAUCAUUGGAGGCUGCACCAAAGAGGAGCGCUUUGUCUCGGAGGUUACCUGCCUGGACCCCCUGCGCCGAAGCCGCCUGGAGGUGGCCAAGCUUCCAAUCACGGAGAUGGAGGUGGAGUCAGACAACAAGAAGUGGGUGGAGUUUGCCUGUGUCACAUUCAGGAACGAGGUGUACAUAUCUGGUGGUAAGGAAACACAACAUGAGGCCUGGAAGUACAAUGCUUCUCUCAACAAAUGGAUCCAGAUUGAGUAUCUGACCACUGGGCGUUGGAGACACAAAAUGGCCGUUCUGGGUGGGAAGGUUUAUGUGCUAGGCGGAUUUGAUGGCACACAAAGACACAACAGUGUAGAGGCAUAUGACCCUUUUCACAACUGUUGGUCAGAGGCGCCCCCUCUUGUGCUGAACGUAAGCUCCUUUGCUGCAGCAAGCCUCAAGGGAAAGCUGUAUGUGAUUGGAGGGGGUCCCAACGGCAAACUGGCCACGGAUAAGACACAGUGCUUCGACCCUUCCACAAAAAAAUGGACACUCCGGUCACCCAUGCCGAUUGAAGCCAAGUGCACGAAUGCUGUGACCUUCAAGGAGCACAUCUAUGUCGUUGGUGGCGCAAUGAAGGCCCUGUACUCCUACAGCCCUCGGGAGGACUGCUGGAGCCUGGUGACGCAGUUUGGCCACGAGAGAGCCAGCUGUGGCAUUGCCGCCUGCAGCAACAAGAUAUUCAUCACCGGUGGGCGUGAUGAAAAGAACGAGGUGAUUGCCACAGUGCUGUGCUGGGACCCUCAGGCACAGAAGCUGACGGAGGAGUGCGUUCUUCCCCGUGGGGUGUCUCACCAUGGCAGUGUCACCCUCAGGAAGUCCUACACACAUAUACGACGGAUAAGAGCAGGGAUGGACUCUGCAUGAAUGAGUUGUGGCUCUGCCAACUGGACUCCAAGAAACAAUUACCUCAGGAAAAAAUACUCUGUUUUAUUAUUCCAUUCUUGCAUAAGGUUUGAGAAAGAUAUUUCUCAUUGAUCAUUGAUUGAUUUUGGAGACAGUGUACUUUUUGUGUAUUCUAUACAAGAGGAAUGUUUUGCCAAGAGCAGAGUGACUUGAGAUUCCAUGGAUUGCCACUUAAUUCAUUCGCACCUACAACAUGUUAGGCACUGACAUGCUACCAGUUGACAGUGAGGUAGUGAGGUACUUGUUACUUGAGAGGCACACCUGUAGAACCCAAAUUUGGUGAGUUUAAAAGGUGAAGAAUAUAAAUGGAACAGAAAGAUGGUUUGUGUAUCUGUGGCAACUGUGAAAUAAAGUAACUAAAAUGUAAAAAUGUAAAAAAAAUUGAACUCAUGGGGUAAAAUAAUAAUGAUGUUUAUGUUUUAAUGUAUUUGUAUAACUAUAUGUUUAUUUGCAAAACAAUUUGGUGACUAUUGGGACAAUGAAGCAAUAUUUAAAGAACUGUUAUUUAUUAUAUUAUUACUAUAUUAUUUUCCAUUGGAAAUCAAUAUUCUGACAGUGUUUAGAUGGCUUUUCCCAAAACAACCCAAGCACAUGGCAUAUAAAUUAUAGCUAAGUGCAAGAAGACAAAGUUGAUAAAUGAUAAGAUUCAACACAACAUAAAAAGUAGAUGCAUGGUUUAUUGGAAUUAAACAAAGCUCCACAAAUCAA